GUGAUACUUUGUUUAAAGAAGUCGGAUAUGUGCAUGAACCCAUGGAAAAUAUCAAUGAUUCCUUCACGAUUAGAUGUUUAAUUCUAAAUUUUCUUCAUAUCGUCAUGUGAUCAUUAUAAAUAAUCCCUUCUCGCUACCUAUCCAGGCCUAAUUUCAACUAGUUGAGUGGGUGGAGAUCCUCCAUUACAGCUACCUUUUCUAUAAAUAAACCAUACUCAAGAUAUUUGAUCCUAUGAUCAUCUUCUUUCAUGAUUUGAAGCUAAAACCCGUAGCUGAUUUGGUAUUCUGAAGGCCACUUGAUGAGGGUGUGGAAAAUUGAAAUUUCCCAGAAAUUUGGGAAUUAUUGAUCGAUGUGAUCAUUUGGGGUUUCAGGAAACCCUAUGAAAAAUUGGGAAGUUUGUGCCGAAAGUGUUGGAUUCCGACAGUUUUCCUUUGCUUUGCGUUAAGGAAAAGCAAAGAAAGUUUGUGCAAUUAGGAGAUUUUGGAAGGAUUGAGGAGAUAGCAAAGUGACAGUUCUUGUAAUUUUUAAUAUUACUUUUUCAGGAAUUGAAGAUCGAAGAAGAUCCACCUGCAGCAAAGAUAUGGCAACAUAUGUUGAACCACCAAAUGGAUUUAGGCAAAGAGGGAAACAUUAUUACACGAUGUGGCAAACUUUGUUCGAAAUCGACACCAAAUACAUACCGAUCAAACCAAUUGGGAGAGGAGCAUAUGGGGUCGUGUGUUCUUCGAUCAAUAGAGAAACCAACGAGAAAGUUGCAAUCAAGAAGAUCAACAAUGUGUUUGGUAACCCGACCGAUGCUUUAAGAACUCUAAGGGAGUUGAAGCUUCUUCGACAUAUUAGGCAUGAAAAUGUGAUUGGAUUGAAAGAUGUCAUGUUUCCGAUCUACAGGAAUAGCUUCAAAGAUGUGUAUCUUGUUUACGAUCUUAUGGAUACUGAUCUUCAUCAUAUUAUCAAGUCUUCACAACCGCUCUCGAAUGAUCACUGCAAAUUCUUCUUGUUUCAGUUGCUUCGAGGUCUAAAGUAUCUUCACUCGGCUAAUGUACUUCAUCGUGAUCUAAAGCCCGGAAAUCUCUUGGUCAAUGCCAACUGCGAGCUCAAAAUAUGCGAUUUCGGGCUCGCAAGAACUAGCCAAGGUAGCGAACAGUUUAUGACCGAAUACGUAGUCACACGUUGGUAUCGAGCACCCGAGCUUCUCCUCUGUUGUGACAACUACGGAACCUCCAUCGACGUCUGGUCUGUUGGCUGCAUCUUUGCCGAAAUCCUCGGCCGGAAACCGCUUUUUCCGGGAACCGAGUGCCUCAACCAGUUGAAACUCAUAAUCAACAUUCUCGGCAGCCAAAACGACAACGAUCUUGGAUUCAUCGAUAACGCAAAAGCUCGAAGGUUCAUCAAAACGUUGCCGUUCACCAGAGGGAUCGGGCUUUCUUCUUUGUACCCUUUGGCGGAUCCGCUAGCGCUGGAUCUGCUCCGGCGAAUGUUGGUGUUUGAUCCGGCGAAGAGGAUAACGGUGACAGAGGCUUUACACCACCCGUAUAUGGCGGGUUUGUUUGACCCGAAUAAUAACCCGCCCGCCCGAAUGCCGAUAAAUUUGGAUCUUGAUGAGAAUAUGAAUGAAGAGAUGAUUAGGGAGGAGAUGGUGAGGGAAAUGCUGCAUUAUCAUCCUGAAGCUGCUGCAUAUCCAAUGGGAAUGGUGCUUGAAAGAUAGUAGCAGCUCUGUUUCUUUCCAUUAAUAGCAAGUACCAUGGUUUCUAUUUAUGGAGUUUGGAUUUUCCAGUUUCUAUAAUUAGAAAGAGUUGUCAUUUUUUAUUUUUGCAAUUUUGUUCAUUGAAUUCAAGUCUAUGUACGAUAUAUCCAUAAAUAGAAAAAAGAAUGCGG